AUGGACUACCUCGAGGAUGGGCCAAGCGCCAACCACAGCGCGGCCGCCUCGCAAAACGCGAUUUCACGACCUUUCACAUUGCAAGAAUCUUUGCCGUACUCACCCCAAACCUCCACUGUGCCGUUUGUUCCUGAAAUCAUCCCCGAUCCCAACAUAGGCUUUGGCUCGCCAGCUCCAUCCAUCUCCGAUAUCUUCCCCCACAGCGACUUCGACCGACUCAACAGAGAAGCCCUUGGGCAGCCUCACCUACCAAGAAACACAAAGCAGGCCGUUGACCUUGUGCUGCACGAAAUAAAGCCAUCCCAAAGAACGCACUACAACUUCAAGUCCGUGUUGACAGGGCAAGCAACCUCUCGGCCCGGAAGUCUUUCACAGGGACUAUCUCCUAUCACGCGAGCCGUUUACGAAAAGGUCGGAGGCUACUUCAAGGCUACCAAGCCCAAUGUCGUGAACCCUCAUGCUGUUAGCGUGAACGGCAACAAGAGCCGAACCGUCUCGAGGGAUAUGGCUAUACAGCCCGGUAGUAUUGAGAAUCACGCAGCUCGUACAGAUAAUUACGAGGCACCGAAACCUCAGUCAAGGAUAGAAGUGGUCAUCCCGUCAAGACGAGGGGGCUUUGAUCCCUCAGCUUAUGUUGACGCUUCUCAGCCUCAAGUUGAGCUCGAGACUCCGCUGUUGCAGGCGCCGUCAGCGUUGCCUGCCAGCCCGGACGGUAAUUUAACAGCCGUUUCUGCAUCAUCUGAUGUAAACUUCAACUACAAUCCUGCCUCGUUUCGAGUUGAGCUUCCUUUGUCUCAUAUCAAGAGGGACGAGUACCUAGAAUUUGCCCAUAUACCGUCCGCCCCUGAGAACCUUUCUUCCCGUAAGAAGGAGAGGUAUAUGGCUCUAGGGGACCAGGGCCUCGUUAGCAGCGGCGGUCUUGACCAACAGCAACGAGCUGAAGCCGCUCUAGAGUCUCUCGACUCGCUUAUGCGCAACGUCUUCUCGGCGGUUGGUCGAGCUUUGGGGAUGGACUCCGGAUAUGAUCACGUCGUGACGCUGACACCCGAAAAUGAGGUCGUCUUGAAUGGCGCGACGCAGCAGAAGAUGCAAGGCGCUAUCCAGAAGGCUAUCGCACUUAAGUGCUUCGGUAGAGUUCCGGUGGAGGGCCUUCUCCAGAUCAUGAAACUGAGCGACGGUAGCCUGAAGCAGGUCGAUGGCAUGGAUAUCCGUGCUGAUGAAAGCUGGGAUGAAGCUGCCUUUGAUUCAUGGGUUCAGCAGCUGGCAGAAGUUGAAGUAGGAAUGAAAGCUGCGCGUACCUGUCUGCGAAUCUUGUCUGGAGGCCGAGAAGACAAGCGACUCUACUCGGAAAGCAUCAUCAACAGAUGCGUCAACAUCUUCAAGACUGUCACCGAAGACAUAAUAAUCCCCCUCGUUGAGCUUCGAAACUCAACGUCUGCCAACUUAUUCCGGAUGGUACUAAAGCAUAAAAAGGCUGUGUCGUCUACCUUUCUCAACUGCCAGAAGUUGUUCGCCACACUUGCUGAGCUGGUGACGAAAGUAGAGCUCUCGGAAAGCGUCUUCAACACUCUAGAGUUUACCGCGUCCAAGCUUAUCUUUGUCGAAAACGCCUAUUUUGAGAAAGACUCAGCCGUCGGAGUACAGCGGUUUGAUGGAAUUCGCAGUGUUGCUAUGGACAUGCUCUGCCAAAUAUUUCUUAUCAAACCUGAGCAGCGACAGGGCAUCAUUGACGAUAUCCUCACCUCUCUAGAGAAGCUUCCCGUGGGAAAACAGAGCGCACGCCAUUUUAAGCUUUCCGAAGGCGGAAGCAUUCAACCGGUGUCGGCACUUCUUAUGCGACUGGUCCAGGCUAGUUCUGGGAGGGUGGAAGAGAGCGAGGGUGGCCGUACUGCAGUGCUUAAAGCUCUCGGUAAUGGCGAUAAUCAAAUGGACGAGGACAACGAGAGCGAGGAUGAAUUGCCCGACAACCGGGCCAAGAAGACGCAAUUCACAUCCUCUAUCAACACCGAAGAACAAGGCGCACAGCAGCACGCCGUUGCCAUCCAAGAACUGGAGGCAGCAGCUGCCCCUCUCAGUGAAGGUGCCGGACGGAAUGCUUCGUACAUUAUCAACUUUAUUGUGAAGCGUGCUAUUGGGUCGACGAAGUCGGGUGACACACCAUAUCGUAACCUUCUGGAUCUCUUCGUCGAAGACUUCACGACAUGCCUUGAUUCCCCGGAUUGGCCAUCAGCCGAGCUGCUAUUGCGCCUCCUCAUGCUCAUGAUGGUGCAGUUGUUCGAGGCUCCCAAGACACCCGCUCCCGCCAAGAACAUGGCACUUGAGCUCCUCGGUACCAUGAGCGCGGCCAUAUCUCGCCUGCGAUCUCACGUCAAAAAGACUGCCAACACAUUCGAAACCACUGACGUCGAUGAUCUGUCGCGGUAUUUGGCGGCGCUGGCUUGCCACGUCCUUGAACAGAAGAGCUCAAUCGAGCAGAUUGUUGCCUGGGAUGGACCUUACCGUGCCUCGCUAGAGUUCCUGCAGGCUCGUCUAUCAGAUGACCCAUAUCUGUUCAGCGCUGUGUCGUUCCUCAUAACUGACUGGGCCGCUCGGGUACAUGCGGGCUAUGAUGCAAUCCAGGACAAUGAAGAUGAGAGAGACUGGGAACUUGGACGCCUUGCUUACAGAUUACGGAUGAUGAUUCAAGACCGCCGAUGGCUCUCUAACGAAUACACCUUCAAGGCCGUCAGCCCUGCUCAAGCCAAGCUUUCCUACUCCAUUAUUUUGCUGCGUUCUCCGCUCUUUGAGUCCUUUGGCAAGAUCCUGAACAUUCUUCUUGGCUCAAUGGCAGGUGAUCAAGCAACAGUCCGCAGCAAGAGCUUGAAAAGUAUCAACCAGGUUCUCGAGACGGAUCCAUCCAUCCUAGAUGGGGACUCCACAGUGAUCCAACUUAUUCUAGAUUGUUCGAGCGACUCCUCUACGCAAGUGAGAGACUCUGCCCUUGGCCUUUUGGGAAGCUGCAUCACGUUGAGGCCGGCUCUGGAAUCUCCGUUGACACCCAAGAUCAUCGACCGCUUCCAAGACGCCGGUGUUGGUGUUAGGAAGCGAGCCAUGAAGCUUGCCCGCGAUAUCUAUCUCCGCAACCACGACAGUGCACUUCGCAGUUCUAUAGCUAAUGGCCUUCUCCGACGUGUACAAGAUCCUGACGAAGGUGUUCGCGACCUUGCCCGCCAGAUGAUUGAAGAAGUCUGGUUUGCUCCUUUUUACGGCCGCGACAACUCGGCCGCAUUCCAAACCUCUUUGACCGAACAUGUGGCCCUGAUCAUCCAGACCGUCAAGUCAGGAAACGUGACGGAGAUUCUAGACAAGGUGUUUCGGUCCAUUCUUCGGCCGAAAGACAAGUCGCUGGAAGGUCCAUUUGCUGUUUGCUCCCACCUGGUGAGCAGCAUGUUUGGCCUCAUCGAUAGCGGAGAUUCGGAGGAAGGAGGACCGACCGGCCGUGAUGCCUUGCAAGUGCUCACAAUCUUUGCCAAGGCCGACCCCAAGCUAUUCAGUCUUGAGCAGAUUAGACUUCUGAAACCUCAUCUCGCAAGCUUCAGUGGCACCGACGAAUUGGCAGCGUUUCGAGCCGUGACGGUCAUCUACAAACGCGUACUUCCCCAGUUGCCCACGGUGCACUCUGAAUUUUUGACCGAAAUUCGUCUCCAGCUCUUGAAAGGCAUUGGAAAGAUUUCCUCUCGUGGAGCCUUGGAUGACUUGAUCGCAUGUACCAAAGUAGUCUGCGAUUUGCUCAAAGACUUUGGACCAUUGGGCAAUCUAGUCGCAUCCGGUCUGCUGGGUAUUCAGAAACUAGGAGCUGGGGGUGCUGCCCUGGAUAGCAAGAGGAUCAACCAUCUGGCUGCUUACUCUAUCAUUGUUGGCAGCGUUGGGAAGCAUUGCGACCUGGAUCAGCAGAUGCAAAUAUUCAAGGCUCGCUUUCCCAAAUGGCAGGGCGACUCGGUUCCUCGGCUCAUUGUGGACGUGCUAUCGCCAUUCUCCUCACCUUCCCAGCCGUUGGAGGCACGAAAGGCAUCUCUGGAAGCGAUUGGCCUGGUUUGCCAGUCGUGGCCGCGAAAUUACGUGUUGGCCAAGGUCUACACAGCGUUCCAGCAGGUUUUCCAAGAGGAGGUCCCUAUUCUGGAAACAAUGAUUCUCAAGUCAUUCAAAGAAUUCCUCCUCACGGAAGAAAGGCGAUCCGAAGCCGCCGCCGAGUCUGGGGCGACGGAGAAAAAGAGAGAAUUGACGGUGAUGGGCGGCACUAACUUUGACGACGUUGCCAGUGCUACUACUCAAAGGUUCCUCAAAGAUAUUACGCGAAUCUCCUUGGGCAGCCUAGACGAACUUGCCUUUUUAGCCAUGGAAGUCCUGGGCAGCAUCAACCGCCAAGGUCUGACGCACCCCAAGGAGACAGGAGUGACACUGAUGACGCUAGAGACAUCGUCAAACCGAAAGAUUGCGGAACUCGCCUUUAUGGAGCAUCGGUCACUUCACGAGAAGCACGAGACAGUGCUUGAAAGAGAAUACGUUAAGGCAAUCCAAUCGGCUUACAACUACCAGCGAGACAUUGUCAAAGACUCCCACGGGGCGAUUCCUGAGUUGUUCCAACCCAAGCUGCAUCUUAUGAUGGAAGUGUUGAAGAUUAGCAAAAUGAAGAACAGGCAGCGCUUCUUGGAGAAGCUGUGUGGACUGGUCAACUUUGACAUUGCCCAGCUGGACGCGAGUGAAGAGAUGCCACCACACCUCGACUUUUCCCGGUUCGUCAUCGAGAACAUGGCCUUUUUCGAGUAUCAAACGGUUGGAGAGCUUCAGACAAUUGUGAACAUGAUGGAGAAGAUUGUGAGCACAACAGGCGCAGCAGUUGCCCACCUCAUCGAGUCGGAAGUAUUCGACGUGCGUCUGGAUCUGGACCAUACGGAACAGGACGAAGUUACAGACCAGCUAAUGGGCGAGACGGUUGAAGCGCAGGCAACCGCGGAGGGUGAAUCCCUCGUCGGCCUCAAAGUUGACCCCAAUCGACUUCGCCAGUUGACUACCGGGGCCAUUAUUCUUUCUUGCCUGUGGGAAGCCCGCACACAUCUCCGGCGUCUGUAUGGAAUGGGAACAAGCCGACACGACGGCAAAGCCAAGGCUUUGGCCAAGGACCUCAACAAGAUGCCGAUGAAAGUGCAGGGAGUUCACGGAGAGCGAUUCUGGGACGAGGUGACGGCGCAUGUGAGCAGCCUGGAGACGAUCAGCAAAAUGGCACAGAAGUGUAAGGCGUUUGUGGAGCUGAUGAACGUCGACAAGGAGCUCAAGGUGCAAGACGACGACGAUGAGGAGAUGGCAUUGGAGGGGCCGAGUACGCCUAGCGAAGGCGAAGAAGAGAGCACAACACCCGAACGGGGUCGCAAGAGGAAAGGCGUAGGCACUCCCGGAGGCCGCAAAAAGCGAGCUCGCUCAGGAUCUCAGCCACGCAAACGGGGACGGCCACGUAAAGGAGCGGAGUCACGCGAUGAAGACGAAGAUAUGGAAUGGAUCUAG